AUGAGCGAUAACUAUCGUUUGUCGCGAGUCAAAUCAGCGGCCAUUGUCCGGUCCAACUCCCUCAGCUCUCGGCCGACGGUUCUUGUAAGUCGAAAGGAAGGCCAUUCAUUAUUUGCAGCUCACGAGAACUCAUUCUGUUCCUGAUCUCACUGAGCAUAUCCGCGUCAGUCCCCACUACAAGCCCCAGUGGACGAUCACCAGCCAGUUCCCCUACCGACGCUACAGAGACUACAGUCUUGUAAGUUGACAUUACAAAUACAUAACUGGCUUUACAGUAUGACGACUACUGGUACGACCGAUACCGCUACUUCAGCCCCCUCUACUCCCGCACGCUUUUCCCAAGAAGAUACGCCUACAGCGACCACAUCCCCAACCCCUACUACUGGAGCUACCCUGACACCUACUGGACGCGAUACAAGAGCUACUUGUAAGUGAUUGCAUUCCUUAUGAACUCAUUUAACAACUGAUACUUUAUGAUGAUUGAUGUUGCAGAUACGACUAUCAGAACCCCUACUCGAACUACUAUCGGUCGGUGGUACCCUUCUUUGACCCCAUCUUCAAGUCGUCCUACUACUCGCCCUAUCGCUCGCUGUUAUAUCGCUGA